UGGCAGAGGUGGGAUCUGUUCUGCUCUGAGCGCUGUCCUAUAAGGCAUUGCUUGUUUAAGUACAGUCGCAUUUAGUUGGAGCUGCAGGAGAGAGACAGAGAGAUUCUCUGUGUUUACAGCCAGCCCAGGCUACGGUGGAGCAUCCAACCUGGCCCCCCCUUUCUCCAGCACUUGAAGGGGAGAGUGAGAGGUUAUUUGGGAAUCUGGCCACCGUGGGUCAGCUUGUGCUGCGACUGGAUUGUCAGAGCUGGCAAAGCAGAGCCCAGAGGGACUGAAGGGAGACACGAAACCCAUUUUCUUUGAGAGGAGAGAAGAAGGAGGAAAAAAAAAAAGAUAAAUUGAGAGAGAGAGAGAGACAGAAGCGAAGAGACGGAGAAAAAGGCAGCGGAAGCGGAGCAAGUGAGAGAGAAGCAUGAGGACCUACUGGCUGCACAGUAUCUGGGUGCUGGGAUUCUUCCUGUCCCUCUUCUCCUUGCAAGGGCUGCCAGUCCGCAGCGUGGAUUUUACCCGAGGUACCGAUAACAUCACCGUGAGGCAAGGGGACACAGCCAUCCUCAGGUGUUAUGUAGAAGACAGAAGCUCUAAGGUGGCCUGGUUAAAUCGUUCCGGCAUCAUUUUUGCGGGAGAGGACAAGUGGUCCCUGGACCCUCGAGUAGAGCUGGAGAAGAGAAACCCCCUGGAAUACAGCCUGCGGAUCCAGAAAGUGGAUGUCUACGAUGAGGGGUCCUACACGUGUUCAGUGCAGACACAGCAUCAUCCCAAGACUUCCCAGGUUUACUUGAUUGUGCAAGUUCCACCAAAGAUCUCCAACAUCUCCUCAGACAUCACCGUGAAUGAGGGCAGCAAUGUGACCCUGGUUUGCAUGGCAAAUGGGCGUCCUGAGCCUGUCAUCACCUGGAGGCACCUCACUCCUACAGGCAGAGAGUUUGAAGGUGAGGAGGAGUACCUGGAGAUCCUGGGGAUCACACGAGAGCAGUCGGGCAAGUACGAGUGCAAAGCUGCCAAUGAAGUUGCCUCAGCAGACGUCAAGCAAGUCCGGGUCACUGUGAACUACCCUCCCACCAUCACAGAGUCCAAGAGCAACGAAGCGGCCACGGGACGACAAGCCUUACUGCGGUGCGAGGCAUCAGCAGUGCCCACGCCUGAUUUCGAGUGGUACAGAGAUGAUACCAGGAUAAACAGCGCCAAUGGUCUGGAGAUAAAGAGCACGGGGAGCCAGUCUCUGCUGAUGGUGGCCAAUGUCACUGAGGAGCACUACGGGAACUACACCUGCGUGGCUGCCAACAAGCUGGGAGUCACAAAUGCCAGCCUAUACCUUUACAAACGAGUUUUACCCACACUCCCCAAUCCUUUUCCAGGACCCGGCACAGGGAGAGUAGACAACGGCUCCAUGAGUUUGGCCGUCCCACUGUGGCUUCUGGCAGCGUCCCUGCUUUGCCUACUCAGCAAAUGUUAAUACAAAUCAGAAUUAAAAUAAUAAUAUUAAUAAUAAUUAAAAAAAAACAACACGACAACAACAACAACAACAACACACAAAACAAAACGCGUUAUACAGGAGACAGAGCGAAGAGAGGGGAGAGAGAAAAAAGGGGGGGGGGAGAGAGAGAGACGACUGUUUCUUUCACAACUUUUGUGUGUUCAGAAGCGAAGAGGGGGGAGAGGAAAAAUUACAGCAAAGAAGACUCAGCAACAUUUAAUCCAAAACCUGAAAAGCCUGCUGUCAAGUCAUCGACUGCCUAGGAGGCAACACGAAGCGAGGGAGAGAAUGGGGCACCAGCAAGGAUCAUGUAGCCAGAGGAUGCUGCAAUGCAAACAAUCCAACAAAACCUGCAAA